AUGGCGAACAACUCGUUCAGCGUGAGGAGCAAGGCAGCUGCCCCGGGCUCGUCGCUCCGCAUCACUCCCUCCAACUCGCCCAUCCUGAGACCACCGACGCGCUCCUCCGCUCACAGGGCACCACUGCACCAAGCGAACUUGACUCUGCAGACGGUCAUCGGCACAACCACAACUACGCCCCAUGGGUUCGCCUGUCAUGAGCAGAGCAGGUCGUUCGCUCUUUGCGCCGGGUCAACGGCGGUCUUGGCCGAGCUGGACGAUGAGAACCGUAUGAACCAGCGCUUCUUCAAGGCUCGACCCUCCGCCACCAGCGUCAAUCCAGUUACCUCGUUCUACGGCCAAUCCACUCCUCCGAGCACGCCCGACAGCAGAGCUAAAUUUUCAGGAAGUGCAAGAUCAUCCGCCCCGCCGAGUGUGUAUGGCACCUCUCCGUCCAAUGACCCUACAGACAAUGGUAGCCCUCGAGGAUGGUCGUCUCGGGAGAGAGUGAAGGCGGUCACCUGUACCGCGAUCAGCCCUAAUGGAAGGUUUCUGGCAGUGGGAGAGACGGGCUACAGCCCCAGGGUCUUAGUUUUCUCGACGGCCAAAGAUGCCUCUCCCGAGGUCCCACUCUCAAUACUUACUGAACACACGUUUGGGGUACGAGGUUUGGCCUUCAGCUCCGAUUCCCAGUAUCUAGCCACUCUUGGUGAUGUAAAUGAUGGGUUUCUGUUUGUAUGGUCUGUCAAUUUGAAAAACGGCUCCGCCAAGCUCCAUUCCACGAAUAAGUGCACUACUUCUGUUCGUGACAUGUGCUGGAUGGGACAGACUUUGAUCACGGUAGGGGUUCGACAUGUCAAGGUUUGGAGGCUUCCAGAUGCGAGACCGGGGUCUCCCAGAUCUCGGUUAACCGUGGAAGCUUCCAGCAGCUCUCCGAAUCAGGCUCCCAGAGCAUUUUCGGGGAGAAACUGCUUACUGGGCUCACUGGUAGAAAGUACUUUCGCCUGCGUAGCUGGCAUCUCCGAUCGCGAGGCGGUGCUCGGCACAGAGACCGGGGCUCUGUGCUUCUUGGAUGACAGUGAGGGGUCUCAGAAAUUGUGUGUCGUUCAGCAUAUGGAGUUCGGUAUAACUUCUUUGGCGGUCGAUUCAAGCCGCUCCUGUAUCUGGAUCGGUGGCCGUGGGAGGCAAAUCCAGCGACUGACAUUUGAGAAAAUACGGGCUUCGACUAUCCCUUCUUCUCCCACACUUUCCGGCAGAUCCUCAGCUGAACAAAGUUCCAGGGGGCCGGCCGUCAUCGGCAUGGGAUCUCUGGGGUCCCAUCUCGUGGCGGUUGACACGACAAACAACAUUGAUCUAUAUCCAAAUGACAGAUUAGGAGACGACGUUGACCAGAUGGAUGCUGAAACCACUGUUUCCGCGCAUAGGGAUGCAGUCCUUGGGAUCUGUCCAUUACAAACACCAAAUGAGCUUGAGGCUGAUUUCUUUACAUGGUCACGCAAAGGCGCCGUGAACUUCUGGAACAUCCGAGGGAAGUGCAAGGCUUCCCAUGCCAUUGCCCUUGAGCACCCUCCGGGUUAUGAUGAAGAGGCUUCCAAUGAACUGAAAGUACUUCGCACCACACAAGAUAUGGAAAUGUUUGUUUCUGGUGACAAGUUCGGUGUUCUCAGAAUCUUUCUAGGCCAAUCGUGGAAAUCUGUUCAUGAAGUCCGAGCUCACGGGGGAGAAAUUAUGGAUAUUGCCAUACAUAUGACACCUGAGACCUGUCUAGUCGCGAGCUCCGGUCGUGACCGCAUGAUUCAACUAUUCGAGAGGACGGACGACAGCCUGCAAUUAAUCCAAACCAUGGAUGAUCAUGUCGGAGCUGUGGGGCAGCUUCUCUUUAUUGACAAUGGAGAGAGGCUCGUCUCAUGUUCUGCUGAUCGUACUAUCCAUGUCAGGGACCGGGUUAGUCGAGAGGUCAAUGGGACGACCAUCAUGGCCUAUAUGAUCUCUAAGGUGAUCACAAUGAAGGCAUCACCGGUGUCCAUGACUCCUUCUACGGAUGACCCAGAUACACUGGUCGUAUCCACUGCCGAUCGGUGUAUUCAUCAGUAUGACCUGGCGUCUGGCCGUCAACUCGGUUCCUUCCGGGCAAUUGAUUCGGAUGGAACUGACACCGUCGUCAUGAGUUCUUUGACAAUGAUGUCCCAGGGCCCGAGGAAAAAUAUUCCUAAGCUGAUAACUGGGAUGUCUGGCACAGACAAGUCAAUCCGUGUUUAUGACUUGGACCGCGGGGUGCUUCUCGCCGGGGAAUUUGGACAUACGGAGGGAAUCAGCGACGUGUGUCUCCUUGAAAAUCACCCUGAUAUCCCUGGAAAUGAGCGGGUCCUUAUCAGCUCUGGUCUUGACGGACUAGUGAUGAUAUGGGGCUUAUCUGUCUCUUCCCAGUCGUCCCACGAUUUCACGCAGACCAUCGGUAAGGCCGAUGACGAUGUUCCGGUCAAAGAAAUGACCGUUGCAAAGCCGCCUCUUCGCAGAAUACUGUCGAGGAGUGAACUCGCCGGGUUUCAACGACAGGAGAAUGUUACGGUUACUCCAACUCCUGCCCGUGGACACUCACCGACAUUCCUGCGAAAGUUUUCCAAGUUCACUCUUUCUCCCGCCCCGAAAAGUGGGAAUACUUCACCCACAACCCCUUCGUCCGCUUCGAACCGCCGUCCCUCUCCUACCUCUAGCGCUCGUCGAGAGAAGACGCACACAUCACCUUGUCCACCCAGCUCUAAGCCAACCAGCACCAGGAAGGCUGGGAGCAGCCGAAGUGAGUCCCGCCGCUCAUCUCUCGACCUUCGAGCCCGGGCUAGAAACACCGCGAAAAGCGACUUAGGGGGGCUGAACACCUCCACUGAGCAAGUGUGUCGUCAAUUAAAAGCUUUUAGAAAAAGGCUUAACGGCUCAACUGAACAUAUUCAUGCUCAAAGGGAGCUUGAGCGAGAACUUGGUCUCACCCUGCGGGUUCUCUCCUCCCGCGGCAAUAAUAGUGAGAGUGCAGAAACCGAAACCGAUAGCAGUGGCAAGGAGAACGAAAAGCUACCAGCCAGCCCUUCUCACAAUGCCGUACACACAACAACUCAGACCUCUUCCCAGGACAUCGAAUUGAAAGAGCCGCCUAAAAUUACAACAAGCAUCGCCCCCAAUAUGGAAGAAGACGGCGCAUGCAGAGGGUAA